UCAGACGGACUUCACACGACAUAGACACAAUACACAGCACACAACAAAUAGACGAGGUAAUAGACAGAUACACACAAGCAAUCACACACACAUGCAGAGACACAAUGCCGACCAAAAAACACACACAGAAAUUCACCUUGUCGUGGUGGAAUGAUGAGCUCGCGCAGAUGAAAAAGGAAGUUGCCACGAGGAGACGUAGGAUCCGCAACGCAGCACCUGUACGCAGAGACCGCGUUGUUGGAUUGUAUUUGGAACAAAAGGAGAAGUAUGAAAAGGCGGUGAAAGAUGCGCAAUGUGAGAGCUGGAAGGAGUUUUGCCGGAAACAGGAUAGGGAGGGGGUCUGGGAGGGCAUCUACAGGGUGCUGAACAGGGCCACAGGGAGAGUGGAGGAUCUGCCCCUUACGAGGGGCGGUGAAACCCUCAAUGCCCGAAGCUCUGCGGAACUGUUGGCGGAGACCUUCUACCCCGUGGACCUUGCAAGCAAUAGAUAUGCUAUUGAGCAAAAAUUGGGCAUGGCGAUGACGGGUGAGAAUCUGCCUUCUGCCCUGGGGGACAAGUGUAGGGAUGCGUUCCUUCAAUAUUGUAGAAAUAUUGUUGUCGUAGUCAACCAAAGGAAUAGUGUGUGAUAUUAGUUAGCUCUUUACUGUGAUAUAGGAUUAAGUUGAGUGUUUUUGUGCCGUGUUUUUACCGAAUUUUUAUAAUAAUUUUAAUUUUAUAGCAUUUUAAGCAAUUAUGGUACAUUUUAGUCAUUUUAUUUGUAAUUUAAUCC